AUGCUGCAUGCUCCAAAACAAUCUUCUCUGCCCGCCGACCUUAAACGCGUUUCGAGUGCACAAUUCAAAGCAUUCCAACAAGUGCAUAUCCGUCGUAUUGGCAGAAUCAGACUAUGGCUUCUCUCACUCAUUGCAAGUUUGAUCACCACUGUUGUGGUGAUUUGUCUAUUGCGGAAAGAACAUACUUGGCAAGGUCAUGAACGGCAAAUGAAUACCACCAUGGACGCGCCCUUCCUACAAGGAUGCGGUGAUCCUAUUGCAGCAGCAGCAAAGUAUCCCCGGGAAGAUGCAGCAUUUGUGAUUCUUGCUCGGAAUUCAGAAUUGGAGAAUGUACUGCAUUCCAUGUCGUCCCUGGAAAUCCAUUUUAAUCAGUGGUUCGAGUACCCUUAUGUCUUUCUCAAUAAUGAGCCCUUCUCAGACGCAUUCAAAGCUGGUGUACGACAAGCGACAAACGCGAAAAUGUCGUUUGGACAGGUCAAUGCGAGUAUGUGGGGGUUUCCAGCAUGGGCUGAUCAAAGAAAGUACAAGGAGGCGAUAGCGCAACAAGGGGAUCGUGCGAUUAUGUAUGGUGGUUUGGAGAGCUAUCAUCACAUGUGUCGUUUCUUUUCGGGCUUCUUCUUCAAUCACCCACUCGUUAAGGAUUUGGAGUACUACUGGCGUGUUGAGCCGGAUGUUACCUUCUUUUGCGAUUUGACGUAUGAUCCCUUCCGCAUGAUGAAACAGCAAGGGAAAGUAUAUGGCUUCGUCAUUGCCAUCAAGGAACUGGUCGAGACGGUGCCGAAUAUGUUUCGGUAUGCGAGUGCAUGGAAGCGGAAACACAGCAUCAAGGAUACGAGUCUAUGGCCAUUCAUGCUCAAGGAACGCCCUAAAAAGCCCUCGCCACCUACAGAGACACCAGCAACAAAGGAAAAGCCGGAUCCCCUCUCUGGUGAGCAAAAGGAGAUUUCACCCGAUCGAAUGGAAGGCGAUGCCUACAACAUGUGUCAUUUCUGGUCCAACUUUGAGAUUGCGCGUGUGGAUUUCUUUCAAAGCGAUGCAUACACGUCCUUCUUCCAAGAAAUGGACAAGUCUGGUGGAUUUUGGCUUGAGCGAUGGGGUGAUGCACCGAUUCAUACACUGGGUGCUGCAUUGUUGUUGGAGGCGGAUCAGGUGCAUUAUUUCAGGGACAUUGGGUAUCAGCAUACAGACAUUAUGCAUUGUCCUGCGAAUGCACCAAAGCAAGGAAAACGGCCGCCGACUGUACCCCUCGCCUUCAAAGAGCCUGAACCAGCUGCUACCAAGGCUCCUGCUGAUAAUGCAAAGAAGGAAGCGCUCAAGAUUGAAAGGGAACAGCUUCCAGCGUCCUGGGAUCGGCCCAAGAGUGGUGGCUCGGGGUGUCGGUGUACGUGCCCGCAUGGAUUCGAGGAGGUUGAGUGGAAGGAUGGGACGUGUAUGAAUGAAUGGGCUCAGAUUAUGGGCGGCUGGCUAGAUUGA